AUGGGCAGACCAGACACUGGCCGCAGACAUCCGCACGACCACUCUCAUACUCCGGCUGCUCGCCCGACCACGCCCGUGAACGUGGUCACUUACCGCUACCAGGACCGCAUGGUCUAUGUCACGCCUGCAGCAACAUAUGAGGAAGCAGUCCGCUACGCACAGACCGUCUUUCCAGAUGAGCUCGCCCACGUCGACAAAAGCCGCAUCAUGUUCUCUGUGAGCGUCACCUCCCCCGAUGGCUCGCGCAGCGUCCAAAUUGGCCCCAUGGCCUGGGCAGCCGUCACAGCCUCCCUCGCCCAAUACGAAAUAAUCGACGUCGUGGUCAACCCGGAAGUCAUCAUCCAGGACAUGGAUGCGGAUGGGCUACCGCCAUACCACCGGCAUCUGGAUGUUCCAAACGAAGAAAAGCGCGAAUACCGUUCGCGCUCCGCCUCGCCAUCUCGAGCAAAGUCACGCACCCCGUCUCCGAACUCGUCUUCGAGUUUCGGUCGGACAGGAAAGAGACAGAGCUGGCUUGAGAAGCUCGAAAGACAUCUGCCUGGAUCAUCAUAG